CUUCUGUGAGCCUCGCUCAGCCGUUCCUUUCCCCUCACCGCAGUCUCUUCUUUUCUGUUCGGUUUCUCGAAGGCUUCUCGCAUGCCGUAAACAUCGGUAUCACCAGUCGUUCAGCAUGCCGCCGACGCUUGACCUCAGCACCAAUUCCCACACCAAAGUCGUCGUUGCUCCGCCACGUAUCAACCUUCGCCGAGCCGCAUCGUAUCAACAUGACCGGGGCCCGCUUUCCUCAACGUCGUCGCGGUUCAGCUUCAACCACUUGGUUUUUUCCCCACCCCCGUCACCGGGCCUCCCUUCGCUAUCGCCCCCGGCAAAGAAGCCGAGCGGACGACUAUUUGGCACCGUCCGCCCGCUUAGAAUCAUCCGCUACGCCAUCCGACUGCUGAGCAUCGUCGUGGUCUUCUUCGUGGCCCUGGAGGUUCUCACAUGGCUGUUCGGUGAACCAGUACCGGCAACCGCGCCAACAGAAGCCGCGAGACCAGUCGAAGAAGCCGAGAAGGAGACUGGGAUGGUUUCCCAACAAACGGCGCCGGACUUCCCGACUCCGAUGGUCAUAACCGAUCAUCGGGGGCGGGCAAAGUGGACGGUGUCCAUACCGCCAGGAUCCGAGUUUCCCUUGACGAUGAACCAGUACGCCGACAUGUGCUCCAAAUGCCAGCAGGUGGCGGAACGGACGCGCUACUUGCGGUCCCACGGGCACGGACUACAUCAGCUGUCGUUGGGGUUCGGCUCCGACUCGGCAGAUGACUUUAUUGACGUGCAGGAGGCCGAAAAGGCUGGGUACCUUCCGGGGCCGGAGAAACCCAGUGGGAGCUCCCAAGAGCCGGAUGCAGCGGGGGGCACGGUGUGCAGAAAGAGCCUAACAUUUGUGCUUGAAUCGACUGAUGCUGGCCUGGGCAAGACCCUGAUGAUGCUUUGGAUGGCAUACGGGAUAGCCGAGAAGGAGGGGCGUGCCUUUUUCGUCGACGACACUAGGUGGGCAUACGGGAAGUUCACCUCCAUCUUCCAACCUCCGCCGCUCCCGGGGUGCUCAGCACCGCCUAGCCACGAGAUACUUCCUUGUCCACGACACGCCCGGCACCUGGUCGCAUCCGCCGCGACCAUGGACGUGCUCUUUGGGAGCCUGACCGAGAAUGCCGAUCCCCCGUCCGAGUCGCACGACCGAGCCCAGCGCAGGGCGCAGUUUAGCCUUGCCCGCCGGGGUUACGAGGCCCUGUCUCGGCUGAACGAGGAAGACAGCGCCUACGUCGACGCCCGCAUCCGCGAGCUGAAUGCCAAGAGGUUAGUGCCCGAGUCGAAUGGCCAGCGCAACGGCCUCGCCGUAGGCGUGCAUAUCCGGCGCGGAGACCGGCACCCGCUCGAACUGCAGUACCGCCAUUCAUACAUGCCGCUCAACCUAUACACCGACACGGCGCACCAGAUCAUCGAGACGUACUUCAACCAAACCGGCGGCGGCCUCUUGGGCGGCAGCGCCGAUGACCAGGGCGCCGCGGCAGCCGCCAAGGAGCAAAGCAUCGUCGUGUUGGCGUCGGAUGACCCCGUGGUCUAUGACAGCCCCGAACUGGUGGCGGCAGCGACGGGGCACACGAGCACAAGCCGCCACCACCGCGCGCAGGAGCGCAUCAAACUCGCCAGCAAGGAGGCCAUCAAGGAAGUGAGCACGCGCAAGUCGGUCAUGCGCAAGUUUGUUGACGAGACUUUUGGCUGGGAGGGCGGCUUCUUCGCCGCCAUGUUUUGGAACCUGGGAGUCUCGUCGGCGGCCCGCUCGACUUCGGCGUCCGCCACCACUGCCGCCCUCGCCCCUACCGACACCACUCCAUCUGCGGAGACCCUCCGGCUCAGGAGCCUGGUGGGCCGCGCGUACAUGAUGGACCUGGCUGUGCUGGCCGGGGCGAGCGACGUCGUCAUCUGCACGGUCAGCGCGGUGGGGUGCCGGCUCUUGGCCGUCAUGAUGGGGUGGGAGAGUGCCAUAGAGCGGGGCAACUGGGUCAACAUCGAUGGCGGGUACGGGUGGUUGGGGCUGGAGUGGUGAUUAGGUAAUUGGCCUCCGUCCUGCCUGGCCGCGGGCCACAGUAAGCACAAUCCUCCGAAGAAGGUCUCAUUACGCAUUCUACAUGGAAAAGGGCGUUGUCGGG